AUGACAUUGAGUGGAUAUAAGUCUCAAGUAGAUACUAGUAGGACUAAUCGUUACUCUAGUCUCUACCAUGAUUGGUUUAUUAUUGGUGUAGGUUGUUUUACAUAUUUUCUGGUUGGACUAUCACUUACAUUAGUUUAUGUAUUAUGUGAGAUGGAUUAUUUCAUGUUAUCUGGUUUAUUUCGUAUUCAGAGAUUCUUUUCAGAUGAUGCUUAUUAUUUUAGUAAACAGGUUGUUCUAAUGUAUGGUGUGAUUGGAUUCAUAUUUACACUUGUCAUUGGACCAAUUGGUAAGAUCUCAUGCAUACUGUGGUCUUGGAUUCUGACACUAACAUAUCUUGUGUUUGGAACACACUCAUACUUGUUUGGAUUCAUUCAAUAUGGUAAGCUGUUAAUUAGAUCUAUAAGCAUCAUAUCACUCAUAACACAUAUUCUGAUGUGUAACUUCAUAUUCUUCCUAUUUGAUCCAAUAGAUAAUGCCACCAAACCAGCUGAAAAUAACUCAUCAGAUGAGAAAACUGACAAAGCUGAAGAAGAUAACAAAACCAAGAGCGAUGACAAAGAUAACCUACAUGAAAGAGCUAAAAGAUCUAAGCACUUGAAUGCUAUUGGUCCAUAUGGAUCAUUAGUAUACUAUAGGGUAAUAAUGUUCCUGGUUGGAUUUUUUCUCGGAUCACCUAUCAUUUUAUUUGUGUUGAGGAUUAGUUUAUCCGUUGAUACAUUUUCUGAAAAGGAUCCCAUAAUGUCCUCAGUUGACAUGUGUAGAAUAAUGAUGCUAAUGUUCUCAAUAUCAGUUAUGGCCAGUGUAUUCCUUACACUUACAUUUUCAAAUGCACAAGUAACUGAAUAUACCUUGAUGCCAUUUCGUAUGAUAUCUUUUAGAAGACUUAAGAAGACCAUGUUUAACUUCUUUGACAUAGAGUUACUAGUUGUAGUCUGGAUCAUUAAUCCUCUAAUCAUGACCUUGAUUCCAUACACUACUAGGAUCCAUUCCGAGUUCCAUAAAUUCACACUACUUCAUAGAUUAUUAUUUGCAUUGUUUCUUAUUGCAAUAAUGAUACUGAUGCAUAGAGAUAUACUUUAUAGCUGUAUCAGGACCAUAAAAUUACUUAAUGCAUCAAUAUUCAACAUCUUAUACACUGAUGGAUAUAUACAGAUCAAUGAUAAUAAACUUCUUAGAGAUACACCUGUAUCAACAACUCCAUAUUCUAACUACACACUGAGACAUUCUGGAGACACACCAACAAUGGUUCCAAAUGAGAUAUCAGUUCCAUCAGAAGUAUCAUAUCCUUACUUUGAGAAUGGCUGGGAUCAUAUUGAGAAUGAGGAUAAAAAACUCUUACUUAGGUCAUACCAAAUUCAACAAUCACUUGAGAGACUAUCACACUACAUUAAUACUGGAGGUGACAUGGAUAUCCGUAACAUCCAUAGUGAUCCAGACCUAUCAUUGUGUAAACCACAAAUAGAUACAUCAGAUGAAUCUGAGACUAAUCCUAAUGAUCCAAUGAAAUCUACAGUAUACCUACUGAAUGAAUAUAAAAGUGAACUUAUGUCAAUGAUAGGUAAUUCAAUUGUUGGAUAUAAUAAUCAUUAUACUUCUUUUGUAUAUAAAAUCCACUAUUACUUUUGGUAUUUAAUUUUUUCCAUCAAUUUAAAUAAAUUCUUUAUUCUUAGUUCUUAUGGUUCUGUUUCUUGUUCUAUUAUAUCUUGUUCUUAUUCAAUUGUUGAUAAUUUAAAAUUGAUUCUUUUAAUGACUCAUCACCUUUAUUAUAUUCAUAGUUUAUCAACAUUAUUACAAUUUGUUGAUAGUUUAAUUUCUUCGGUUGAUUAUAUUGAAUAUUUGAUACAAAAUAUGAAACUAUUCAUUUCUGUACUAGAGAAUUUUAGAUCAAUCAAUUCAUAUAUAAAACAUUUAAGAUGUGUCAGAUGUUUAAUUUGUAGGUUACAAUCUUUCCAAAGUAAGUUGGAAAAUAUUGAUAAAUUACAAUCUAUAAUUAAAAAUUUAGAUUGUUUUAUUAAAAUUUCUUGUCUUUUAGAUUGCAAUAAAUCUUGUAUUGAAAGUGUUAAAUGCUUCACAGAUAAUUUAAAAAGGGUUCUAUGCUUUGUAAACAAGUUUAAGUGUAUAUGUUUUACCAAACAUAUAGAAUGUAUUGAUUGUUUGAUUAAAAAGCUUUGUUGUCUUUUGUCUUUAAACUUUAUCACUAUCGAAUAUAUAUUUAAAUGCAUGAAAAUUGUUAAGUGUAAUAUUGAAAUAUUGAAACAUAUUAGGGAUGCAAUUGUAAAACUACAGAAAAUUUAUAAAAGUCUAAAUUUAUUUCAGUCCAUAUUGACAGUUACUGCUAAUCUUCAAACUUAUUCCAAUGUUAUAGGUUCUUUCCAUGAUGUUAAAUCAAUCAUAAAUGAUUUACAAUCCAUUUAUUCCACCAUCUAUUGUUUAGAACAAUUUUUGAAUAAGAUAUGGAAUCCCCAAACUACACAUUCAUUUAUAUCUAAUUUGAAAACGAUUGAAUUAACUAUAGAAAGAUUAAAAACUGUUUAUUGUAGAAUAGAGUCGAUUCAAUCAAACAUUAAAAAAAUUAAUCAUCAAAUGAAGGAUUCCAUUCAAUUUAACUCAAUUAUUAAAGAUUGUAUAAAAUUACUCUUUAUCAAUCUGAAGUACAUUAAUCUAUUGAUAGAAUAUUUCCAAACUAUUGAAAGCCUUGUUAAUAAUCUAAAUUACUCCAUUUAUAUGAUCCAGAAUUUGGAAUAUUUGCUAUCAAGUAUAAUUAAUUUAGAAAUAUUAAAAUCAGCUUUAAAAGAUUCAGAGAAUAUCAAAUGCUUAAUUAGAGACUUAGAGUGUCUUGAAAAAAUGCUCAAUGGUCAGGAAUUAACUAAUUCUAUUUCAUGUUGUCUGAGAUAUUAUCGACCUAUAUUAGACAUUUUAAAAUGCAUAAUAUGUAAAAUUUCUAAACCUAAAUGUAUAAUUUCAGAAAUUAUAACAAUACCACUGUCCAUUUUCAGUGUGUUUGUAUGCGCAAUCACUAAUAUUUUAAAUAAACUUCAAUAUAAUCAAGGCGUUUUGGAAUUAUUAGAAAAAAUUAAAUGCAUUCUAGAUUGCUUAAAAUGUUUGAAAGGGUUUAAAUCCAAACUUCUACCUAUAUGUUCAUUUAUUAUAAACCUGUCAAUUAUUGAAGAUUUGAUACAAAGUGUUAUUUCAACAAAAAAUAUAACAGUUUUUUUGACAAUUAGUUCCGGUAAAAGUUUUAUUUUGGCGUCUACCAAUUCUAAUUUACAACAAAAUUUAAUGUUAAUAAAAUCCCUUCAAUCCCUCAAAAGAUAUAUUGUUAAAUUUCAAGAUAUAUCAUCAGUUAUUAAUAGCAUAUGGUCUCUAAAAUCAAUUUUUAAUAAUUUAAAGUGUAUUAAAACAAUUAUGAAUAAUUUGGAAUUUAUCAAAUUGUAUAUUAACAUCCUGAAAUAUUCCAAUAAAUAUAAUAUAAAAUUCUUUAAGUUAUCAAUUGAAUUUAUAGGUACACAACUUUUAAAUUGUUCUACCUAUUCUACAUCCAUUAAUUUAUUCAAACUGACUGAUGGCAUAAUUGAGGAUGAUUCACAUAAUAAUUUAUCUGAUCAAUCACUGAGACCUAACAUUACUUUGCAGAAUGUAACUAGAUUAUCCAAACACUUAAGUGAUUUUAUAUGGAUUACUCUUUCACACAAUGAUUUGGAAGAAUUCAGAUUUCUAAUUUCAAAGUCUUACAAAUUACUUACAACUCUUAAGAAAAUCAAUCAUAUGUUAAAACCUGUGGAUAACUGUUGCUGUGUCUGUUCUUAUAUACCAAAAAUCAAAAGUGACAUUUGUAAAAGUGAUGUCAAAAAUGAAAAUACCUUUAAAUAUUUUGAUUUAAUGAAAAAACUACACCAAGAUUCAAAAACAACUGGUUUAAAUUUUCAUACGUUACUUUUAUAUGAUAUCACAGUAAGAGUUAAAACAACACGACCAUGUCUCUGUUUAGUAAUUAAGUAUCAAUUAAUACCAAACCUGAAAGUGUCUAGAUGUUAUAUUGGUGAUAUAUUAUCCGAUUUUUUUAACGCUCGUGAAAGGAAGUUUGACAAAAGGACUUAUUUAACAUCUCACAGUAUCGAUAUGGCAAAGUUUGUUUUUUUAAUCAUUUGUUUCACUUACAAGAUUUUAAUUUCAAUUGGAAAAAGAUAUCUGUGCAAGUGUGACAAAACAUGCUGUGCUGAUGAUAAAAAAAUUAGUUGCACUUGUUGCAAUCAUACCAAUAAAUGUGGCACUAAAGUCCAAUGUUGCUCCUGUCCAAAAUCUAAUGGUGAGUGCAAAUGUUGCUGUAAACAAAAUGGAGCUUGUCAACAAUCAUGCUGUUCAAAAGCAACCAAUGGUUCCACAUCAUGUGUUUGCUGUAGAUGUUGCUGUAUAUGCUUUUGCAGAUGUCCAAAUGACGAAUAUUAUCCUUACUUCAUAUCAAUGAUUCUUUAUUUAUCUCAACUCAUUAUGGAUGUAUUUACUUUUGACAAUGAGAAGAUUCAGAUGGCUACUCAGCAUUUGUCAAAUAUGAUAAUUGACCUGAAUAUGAUAGAUUUAAAUUCUCAUAAACAAAGGGAAAAUUCAUCAAAUAAUUGUAACGAAAAGACUAAUGUUAUAUCAUUUGUGAGUGGUUAUGAAAUUACUAUAUCAGACAAUAGUAUAAAGUUAAAUUUAGGGUUAAGCAAAAUUUUGGGAACUUUUCAAAAUAAUUGCCUAAUUAUUAAAUCAUUUGGAUUAAUAACAAUUACAGAGGUUAAAACAUCUGUGUUUAAUUCAUUUUAUCAAAAAUGGUCAGAGUUAUCCUUCUUUCUUAUUAAAGAGGAGAAUGUUUCAUCAAAAACAAAAAAUCAAGCCAAAACUAUCACAACUAUUGUAUCAGAACAAUACAUGUUGACAAUAAAAAAUCAAGGAUCACAGCAAGUUUUAAAAUGUUGUACAAAUAACUAUAAGUGCACCUGCAAAUGUUGUAAAUUAAUAUGUUUUUGUAUUAGGUUAUUUUCUAGUAAGUUAAAACUAAUAUCUUCCGAAUUAACAGAUGCUGGAAUAUUAAAGUUUAUGAAUUCGACACUUAAUAAUGCAGAAUUAAAUCCAUUAGCAACUGAUAAAAUAAGAAUGAUAAAUGCUAGUUCUGAAAGUUUGAUUAAGUCUACAAAGAAUUCUAGGAUAAGUGAUUCUACAAGUUCCAUGAUCUAUGGUAGUGAUUUUGAUCAUAUUAAUCCUAAAUAUUUUGGUUAUGAUGAUGUUUAUAGACCUCAUCCACAUUUUGGUUCAGGAUACUUUAAGUUUGUACUUAGCAGAGUAUUCAUUGUCAUUAUCUUGUUGUUUAUGUUCAUAUUCAUAAGGACUCGAUUUGAUAGAUUUGUCAAGCCUGAUAUCUUUGGUGCUUAUUUGAUCAAGGUAGAUUCUAACAUUAAUAGGUUCAGAGAGGUACUUCAUAAUAGACUUGGUCAUAGCAUUAGGAACAUUGGUAGGAUUGGAAGUCUGAAUAGUUUAUUUGAUGAUAUGCCAGAUCCAAGUCAUCAUCUAGUAUUUGAAUAUCCCGAGUUAGCUGAUAUUCAAGAUCUUAAGUCAUGGUCUGAGACUGAUUCAAUAUCUGACACCUUCACAGAUGCUAUCUAUGAUGAGCAAAGUAGGACUGUUCAGGAGUCUAGGAGAAGAAAGGUAGCUUUCUACAUAGUCAUAGUUGUCUUCUCACUUCUAUCAUCACUUUAUUUGAACUUUGUAGUUAGGGAUCUAUCAGUGAUGUUAAACUUAGACCAUAGUACCUGGUCAUACUUCAUAUGUAUUACUAUUCUUCUGGGUAUGAUAAUAAGCCUAGUGGUUAAGUAUUGUGUUCAUCUCUAUGAUUUUGUUUAUGUUCUAGAGAAGUAUAGUAAUAGGUUAACUAAGAUUGAGAGUUUUGUUGAUGAUAGUUUUGGUGGUAUCACUGGUAACCUAAGUUACACAUCCAAGUUCAUAAUUCUAUUUCAAUUACUAAGAUCUUUGAAGACUGACAUUGUAUCACUAUUCAGUAUGAAUUAUCCAUACCAUAUACCAGCUCAAAGUCUUAUGAAGAAUAAGGUAUAUCCAUACAAGGAUAUGACAUCUGAUAUGGAGAGAAUGAUGACAUGUGAGAAUAUAGAAUGUAUUAGGAGUAUGGUCCUAGAAACUAUUGGAACACCAGAAUCUAUGGAUCUACAAAAUAUACUUGACUUUAUAUCAUAUGCAGCCAUAAGGAAUACAUCUGAGUUUGAUAAAUAUCAUGGUUACUUUAGUGGCAAUGAACGUUAUUUAGCUUGGAGACUUGGGAAGCUACUGAGUCAUAACUUCUUCCUUCUAACUUAUGGAAGAUACUCAUGUAUUCUUGAGAUGGAUCAUAUUAUUAGGAAUCUACAUGUUCCCAUAACAGAGUUCCAUAACUGUCAGAUGCUAUGGCAACUAUUUGGCAAUUAUGAGUCUAACCUCAUCUCACUCAAGUGUAUGGGUGAAGAAUCAAUAGGUGUACCACUUACUGCUAUUCAGAGAGAUGUUCUAAGAAACAAGUUCAAUGAGGAGUAUAUUGGUGAAUUCAACAAGUACCAGGAGUUUAUAAUGAGGAACCUUCAUAUCAAUAUACAUGAUUCUGAUGAUGAUGAAGAAUGUAGUUGUUACUUUCCAUAUCCUGAAUUAAUCAAGUGUCCACUUGACAGAGACAAGGUGGCUAGACUUACAAGAGAGUAUUUUGGUGACAAUAGGAGACUCAGUCUAUCACUUCCAACUACAAGCUGUAAUGUAACCAAACAGGUGUCAAAUCAAACUAAGUCAUCAUCUGUUUCAGUUACUAAGUUCUGUGAUCAUUGGUUAAAUAUGAGACUAGGCUAUUGUGAUACCGAGGAGUGUGAGAAGGCUGUAAGAUUUGCCCACGACCUUAUUGUGUCAAAACUAUCCAGUGACUCAGAUAUAUUUGAGUCAAUCAAGGAAACAGUAGCUAGUAUGAAAUUGAAUAUUCUGAAUACAGAAGAAGUUUAUGUGACUCCAGAAGAUAUCCAUGUACCUAUAAAAUCUUCAGAACAUAAAUCACUCAAGGAUUAUACUAAUAAACUUAAUGAACUAAGAUACAAGACAUCUGAUAACUAUCAUGAUACAGUUCUUGAUUAUCUAAACAGAUACAUGAUGGAGACCAUGACUAAUACUGAGAAGAUUAUGGUCCCACUAGGUAUAUUCUUAUCCUGGUAUGGAAUACCAAUAUGUGAACAGCAUAUAAGAAAUAUGGGCAAAUUUCAAUAUCUCAUAUGA